CAAUGAUUACUCAGUGCUCUCAGCCCCGUGUCAGUGUGUCCGUGUGUGUCCCGCCCACCACCAUGCAAUGCACUCACUUCCACACACGUCACAGAUGCACGUAUGGUGUACGCCUGCCGACCUGUCAAGGGCUCACUGUUUUGGAGCCAAAUACACUGCAUAAGCACCACACGACACGACACGACACAGUACAACAAACACUUAUCACACGCACAUGCAUUCAACGAUUUGGCCAAACUUACCGCAGUGUAAGCGAAAGUAACAGCCGUGCGCAUGAGCUACCGCCAGCAACUCUGCCGCUAUGGCUCACGACAAAAUCAACAUUUGUGCUCAUGCAUGCCGCCGACGCCACGUGUCGGGAAGCCCCUGCCCGCCCGCCCGCGUGCACACAACACACACUCUCUUGCACCGCGUGUCACAUUCGAGACGCCAGAGACACCUCGCGCAACAAGAAAGAGAGCAUAUGUAUCUGUCGCACACAUGAUACGCACACACUAAGCCACGCAACACGCAUACAUCCCGUCCCGCCCCGCCCGUCCCAUGCAUUCACAACAGCGCAUAGACAAAUACAAAGGAAACAGCGAGGUGCCACGCAUGGCCGCCAUUUCCCAUCUCAUGAGGAACUUCCAUCAGGAAGUCACAUAAUGAGUGGCACGUUCAACGUCACGGGGUUAGGUGGAGCGCCACAAUUGUCGCCCUUAAAGCCGAUAAGUCUCUGAAAGAGAUACACAUGAAAAUGCAUAUAUGCCUCUCUGGCGCCCGUGCGUCUGUCCAGCUGUUUUGUCUUUAUAGUGUCGGUGUCUGUGUCAAGACUGGCUCACGUAGAAACAAUCUGCUCCAUCCUGUGAUCCAUCACCUUCGCAAGAGAGCUGCACAUAUGGCACGCGCGAGAGGGACAGAAUGGUUUCUAUCAUAAUGCUGCCUUGGAUGCAUGUGCUGCUUCGGCUUGUCAAGCAGACGUGAGACGUACCGUAAUUUCGUACUCAGCUGCCAUUUCUCCAGAGUUGGCCACUAGAAUCCAGUGGUCCGCGGGUGGGGCAAACUGUUAAUUGAUUUGCAAUUUACGCCCUGCCUGCCAUUGCAUAUCAUGCAUUGACCGACCAGCAUAGACGCCUGCCCAAGUAGCGCGAAUUGUUUCGUGUCGCUGCUUACGAGGUGAUUUCGCAAAUGUCGAACCCCAUUGCUUGCGGGGAUUUGAGGUGCCAGCUGUGAGUGGUGUCGGCAGGAAUCUGAAAAGGGCCAAGGUCUUCAAGGAACGCAUAUUCGAGAAACCCAGUGUCAUUCCGGAAGAAUUCUGCACACAAGACAGAAACGGAAGGCACAGACAUCUCUCCCUUCUCCACGUCUCGCUCGCUUUACCAGGGCAGUUAGCCUCAGGCUGUAUGAGGCUGUCGGAAUUCAUGCCGUCACCUGUAUCAGACAAGACGGACGCACGAAGGUCAGAUUUCGUGCAGUGUCGAGUGUGGAGUGGCUCAGUCAGUCACCUUCCGCCUGCAGUCGGCGGAGCUGGCAGUUGGCGACGCCAGCGAGAGCGAUGAGCAGCAGGAGAGACAGCGCGCGCGACAUCGUAGUCACAGAUGGAUUGCAGCA